UAGGGAAAGUACAAUGAAUGUCAGUAGGCAGAUCUAUUGUGAAUUAAUUUACAUAACUACAGAAAAGUCUUUGUAAACUGUGUACUUUCUGUUUCUAGACUGAAGUGGAUAUUAUUGAAGAAAUAGAUGAAUACCAGACAUGGCCUGGCUGGUUGAUCCUCGCUCUGCGAGUAGCAAUCAUGACUUGGUUCGUACUAGAACUUCGGUACACGAUGAUGUACGAACACAACAUGCCAAAACUUAAUUUCUUACUACACUUUGGCGCUUCAAGCCUCGUGUGGUUUGUUUAUUUGCCGAUUAUAGCGCUCAUAGCGCUACAGAUCAGCCCUCUAUGGAGGUUCAAGUUUUUAUUAGGGAUCACAUAUUCAGCGGAUUGUCUCGCUUUUUGUGUAAUGUCACACUUGCUGUGGCCGACACGCUCAGAACAGUACUUAUUACUAGCGCCCUCUGAUUAUACAGCGGGCAUAGAAGAACUAGAUGAAUUCAACGAAUCACCUCACGUGGUACACAGCGACACUGUGGCACUCACCACGGCCGAAUGCAUCAACGCAGACGACGAAGAAAUCAUAUUUACCAGAGCAGCACACAAAAAUGGCACCGCCUUCUCAUAGCAACACCAACAAACUUGAGAGGAUACCGUCAUAUAACGUUCAGGGCACAACCCUCGAAUGAAUGAAAUUAUGAAUUUACACGAUCGAAAUUAUUUACUAAUAUUGGUCUCAUUUAAUAACAAUCUGUCUCCAAUAUUUAUGUGGUAAAUGUCUUGUGGAUUGUGUCGAUUUAAUGCUGUGAAUGUAAAUUUGUAAAUCGAAUGGAGUUUUAUGAAGGAGUGAUAGAAAAUCGAAUAUAAGGGCUGUAUGCACAUAUGGCCGAUAGUAAAUUUUAAAUUAAUGUAUCCUGCUGUGUGAUAUUCAAGUACAUUGAUUCCUUAAUGAAAAUCGUUGAAAGCACAAAGUAAUGGAGGUAAACUAAUAUUACAUAGUUAUAUGUAAGGGAAAUACAUAGUUCCGGUCUCAAAGCGACCGUGUCCAUGUGUCAAUUAACAAGUUUAUUUAUUUUCUUGUUUCAAGAUUAUAAUGACACACUAAGAGUGAAGUAUCACAAAUGUUUUAUGUGCCAACGAUUGAAACGACUAUUAUGCAAUAUGGAGAAUAUUAUUGCAAGAUACCUAUAAAUGUAAGAGUAUUCGUAAUCAUUGUGUCUUUGUGAAAAAUGUCUGAAUUUACCAAAAUAUAUUUAAGAAAAUGAGUGUUUAAGUGCUGUUAAAGUUGAAUGGAUAUUUUCAUGUUGUUUGAAUUGGUUUGUAUUGUUCUGAUGCACUUUUGGAUUGUUCGUCUCACCCAUAUCUUGGUACUUAUUUACGAUUUACUUAAAUUGUUUGUUAUUAAAACAAUAAAAGCACGGUGAUUCUGGAUGUACCUGAGUAUAGUAAAAUUAUAAUAUUUGCGUAGUAGCACUAAUAUACUUACGUCCAGUUUCAAUAACCUAUCUAUCUGUAGAUUUGUUUACUAGAGAUAGAAUUUUGACUCUUUUUGUAUGGAGCUCAUAUCAAAAUUCUAUCUCUAGUAAGCAAAUCUACAGAUAGAUAGGUUAUUGAAACUGGACGUUUUACAAAUGCACUGAUUAAUGUAAUAUAAACCGCGCAACAAUCGAAACAGAAUCAAUAUUAGUUUUUAUGACAUUGUUUUAAAGUUGCUUUUGCUUUAGCCAUAAAAUGAAAUUAGUAAAAUAUUCAAAAAAUCAGAACGUACAAAAUUGUAUUACCGUUUGGUUGGUAUUAACUAUUAAUGUAUUAUUUCGGAAUGAGAUCGAAUAAUGUUGAUACGGGUCGGUGUUAAAUGUUCGCUAGUGAAAUCGAAUUCUUAUGAAAAAUUGCUGAUACAUUUUGUAUACAAGAUACUAAAUAGAUACUUGAAUAUAACAAAUAGAUUCGUGAUGUACAGUGACUUUUAGAAAUGUUAAAGUACAAUUAGAUCUCAAAUUGAUGUUAUCAUUGUGAUUUUUAUAAAGAAAUGGGCAGCUGAGUUAUAUUUUUGUCAAUGUCUAAAUUUAUUUGCUUUUCAUGUUAGCUGUCUAGUUAUUAUGUAUGUAUAAAUUAUUUAAAUGAAUCGCCAAACCAACUAAAUUAAAUGAACACAAAAUUAAAAUUAUUAGGUCAAGGUAAAAUUGCUUCUGAUGCAUUCUUUUUAGCAAUCUUUAGAAAUUAAAAAUCUAGGAGAGCAUGCUCUUUAAAAAUUCUAGAAUAGUUAGAUUCGAGCAUAUGUUUUCGUAAUAGAGGUGGUAAAUACAUUUCUUUAUUCACAGAUGUAAUUUGUUUUCAGCAUGCUCUUUAUACUCUAUGUCUUAACAUUAUUGUUUUAAACAUAAUGUCGUGUCAACGUAGCGUAAGAUUAGAAAUGCUAGUGAUGUACCUAUAUUUUAUUUACAAAAAAUAAUUUUAAUCGAUAAUUUUUGUUAUUUUAAUAAAUUAUAUGACAUUAAGAUGAAGAUGUACCGCGUAAGUAUGACAUCUUAGGGUUAUACUUUGUAAAAACGAUUAAGAGAAGUUAUUAUUUUUGCGGUUAGUCAAUACAGAGUUGUUUCUAACGAAAUAUCUGAUGGAAGUAAAACUGGAUUUUUAAUAUAAUAUGAUUUUUCGCAAACACGUUGCUUACCGUGUAAUAAUGACCAAAAUGUUUUAUACCACAGUUUUACUAAACAUUUAUACGUCUUGCCGAAUAUUUUAUUCACUUUUAUCUUUAGUGUGAUUGAAUAUAGUUAAUGUUGUGUAUAAAUCUAAUACAUCAUACAUAAGCACGUCUGAUAAGCGUUUGCGAAAAAGAAGCUCAAUUAAUUAUUUUAUAAUUACAUUAGUUUGAAAUUCAUCACAAAUAAAAUCGAAAAAAAAAAAACAUAAUAAUGUUUUUAUAACGUAACACGCGUCGUUGACUUGAACAAAGUUUUGAUUUAUAUGAACAAUAAAAGACGCGUCCGUCUAGCAUGAUAUUUAAAUGGGGGCUGUAUUUUUGUUUAUCAGAUGGCACUAGUGUAAACCUCUCGUUUUUCGUCCAAUAGGGAAUUAGCUAGUGUCACACCAUUGGAUGUUCAAUAUUUGACAGCUGCUGUGAUUGGACAAAAAAACCCCUUGGUACAUUUGCACCAUAUGGUGAAUAAAAUAAUGGUAGCCCCCAUUAUAACCGUGGUGAUUAUAAAGUAUUCAUUUUUUUAAUCUCUAGCCUUAUUAAAUAAAGUUGAAACGUUGAAGAACCACACGCCCAGCUUUUCGUUUAAUUACUUUGGUUUGAUGUUUAAUUAAUUAAUCGUAACAGCUCACGGGCGCGCCCACUUGUAUGUACAUUUUAAUAACAGAGUAUGCUGCGAGUCAUGUGUGUGUGACUAAAAUGGAGCUUAUUUAUUUUUUUAAAGAAUUUUAAUGAUUAUAUGGACUAAGUUAAAUCACAUAAACUGUUUAUAUAACAAUCUGUAUGUGAUGUGAGAAAUGCAACAUAAUGAUUCCUUGUUUUUAUAAUAACUAUCGUGAGACAUACUAAAUUAAGUAAAAACGCGGGUUACUCACGUGAAUAUACUG